GACAGCUGAAAUUGACAUUUCGGAUCUUGCCAAUGUUUUUCUUUAUAUGUCUUGUGAUUUUGGUCUUGUAAACAAAUAGCGUAUAAUAUCGCAAUUUGUGUGUAAAAAAAAAUUUCAAUUGCAUUUUAUCAACAAUGUGGUUUUCGUGAUGCUUAUGACCAUUUUUGAAAUUUAGAACCAUUUAUAUCAUUUGGAUAUGAUUCAUAAUGUGACAUAUAUCAAAUCCCUAUAAAAACAUCAAAGCAUUGUUUAUUUUAAGGUAUUAGUCAUCAGCAGAAAAACCAAUUGAAUCAUCGCCAUUAUAGAGCUAUUUCAUCUCAUUAAGAAGUAUGCGAUCGACUAACGUACAUGAUAACAGCAAAUUAUGAUGAAUAAACGCAUGAUAUGAGCAAUACGUAUACACUCAAUAACACUUUAAGGGCUUCACACAAACGCCUCUGUUUUUAUUAAUAAAAUUUCAAACUGUAAUGUAUUAAUAGUUCUGUGAUACAUUUGUUCUAUUCUUGUGUAUUCUACUUUAGUGUGGUUUUCGGUCUCCGUUUUUCUUUUAAAUUAUUCUUGCGCUUAUUUAUGCCAUUCGAUGUAAAUAAUCUCGCGAGUGAAAUAUGUGAUUUGAGUGCGUUACAGGUAUCACGCACAAAUAAAUGUUAAAAUUGAAAUUUAAUCGAUUCGUUAGUAAUUAGGUGUAUUAAAAACGAAAAAACGAUCGCGAUGGUUUUUUUUCAUUGUUUUGUGUUUUAAUUCGCUGAUUUUUUUCUUUAAAAUUAAGUGAUUAUUUAUAAUUUAAAUAUUCGAAAAAAUCAAUUGACGGCCAAAAAAUAACGAAUGCCAAAUGAGAGAAAAUGUCAAGCGAAGAUAUUGAUUAUCCGUCGGUGCCAACCACAUCAAUUGAUGAGAUUGAAGAGAAUUUUUUACGUUCGUGUCGGAACGGUGACCUUGGUACCGUGAAGCAAUUUUUGGCUUAUCGCGAUGCCAAAAAAGUCGAUUUCAAUAUCAGUUGCAAGGGACGUUCCAAAUAUAACGGAUGGUCGCCUAUUAUAUUGGCUACCUAUUUUGGACAUCGUCAUGUUGUCGAACAUUUAUUGUCACGCAAUGCAGAUGUGAAUGCCGUCAACGAGAAUGGUGAUACGGCACUGCACAAGGCUGCAUUCAUUGGACGAGAGGAUCUGGUCAUGUUGUUGUUGCAAAACGAUGCAGACGUGUGCAUAAUCAACGGUGAGGGUAGGCUUCCACGUGAUAUGGUCCAAUCAUCAGAGAGUGGCCGUGAAAUAGCCAAAUUAUUAAAAGCCGCUGAGCAAACGGAAACACUACGCAAAGAAACCAAAAUGUUAUCCGCUGCACGCGAAGGCAACAUCAUCGAUUUGAAUUCAAUGCUAAAAGAUACCCAGAAUCCACCAAACAUUAACUGUAUUGAUAGUCAAGGUAAUACGUGUUUGCAUUGUGCCGCGUAUCGAGGCCAUAAGAAAACAGCUGUGCUGUUAUUACAAAAUGGAAUCGACACAAAUAUUCGCAACAACAUGGGACAAACGGCACUCAAUUUGACGAGAGACCCACAAAUGAUACAAAUUUUGAGUGUCAAAUCAGUGAGAAAAGUACAAAAAAGCGUGAAUCGAUUGGAAGGGCCAUUGUUGAGGAGAAGCCGCUUUUUGGGCUGGCGACCCAUAUGGGCGGUGCUCGAACGAGGCGUCCUCAACUAUUACCCGUCUCGGGCUGACUCAACCGGCAUUAAUAAGAACAAACGGCGCGACUAUAAAUAUUUGGACAGUGCGCGCAUAUCAUUGAUGCCGACACUGGCUUCUUUUGUAGUCCACUUCAGCGAUGGUGCAUUGCAUCGCUUAAGUGUUGUAUGCAACGACGAAAUGGCACAAGUUGAGCGUCAGAAAUGGGUUAAUGCACUUCAAGAGCAUGCAGCGUAUAGUUCACACUAUCUAUGGGGAGGCGAACAACGACGUGCUGAUAGUGACGAUGAUAAUGUAACCAAGGCAAAGCCUCUCGGAUGCAUGACUGAUGCGUUAGAUUCGGCGUCUGCAAGUUUUGAAGUAUUACAAAGACAACUGGGCGAAUGUACAAACAAUGUCGAACAAUUGCAACGAAAUAUGACUGCAGCAUCGAAAACAUGUGACAAUGGUGGCAAUUUGCCCGCGUCACUAACCACGUUGAUGGUGAGAAAUAUUGAAAUGUCGUACUUGCAUUUUCAAAUGAUAUCUGAAACAGCUGCAAAUAUGGUGUCAUCGUUACAUCACUGUCUAACGUUGUUCCAUCAACAAGAAGAUGUGCGAGUUUUGCAGUUAAAAGAAGAGAAGGAAAAAUGUCGUGUGCUCGAAGAAUCUCUAAAUGUAUUAGCCAAAGAACACCACCAGCUGGAGCAGUCAGUUGCUUCACAUCUGUCGGAAAAGGGUGGUAAUGCAAUGAAGAAUUUCCUUGAAUCGAAUGACGACGAUGAAUUCCAUGAUGCUUUUCACGAUGCCGAAGAUUCCGAUGAUGAAGACACACUGAUGACGGCAUCUGUUUUUAAUUCACCGACGGAAUCACUAGCCGAUCUAAGAUCGAUACCAAUCGCACCAUACGAACGAUUUUCGUACAAUUCACAACGUGACAGCUAUCAUACGGCAGCAGAUGAUCUUGAAGUGGUGAAAGCCAAAUCGAACGGCAACAGCGAUGAGGAGGACAGCGACGACACAUUGGUCGAUGGUACAUCGAUUGCAUCGUCAUGCAACACAUACAUAUCAGACGGCGGUGACGCCUACAAAUGUGCUCGCGAUGAAUUCUUCUUUCGAUCUAACAACGAAAGUGAGCUCAUCGAUUUCAGUGAAUCCAUUCCAUGCGACCAAGUUUGUUCCAUUUCCACACCCACUCCAGAGAGCAAAGAACUUCAAACAGUGACCAAACGAUAUCACCGAACUUCGUUGCCUUCGCCCAUGUUCUCACGCAAUGAUUUCAGCAUUUGGUCUGUUCUAAAAAAUUGUAUCGGUAAAGAAUUGAGCAAAAUCACAAUGCCUGUCAUAUUUAACGAACCAUUAAGCUUCCUUCAACGGAUGACGGAAUACAUGGAAUAUGCUCGUCUGUUGCGAUUGGCCGCCGAACAAGAGGAUCCCAUCGAACGUAUGAAAUAUGUAGCUGGCUUUGCUGUAUCAGCAUUGGCAUCGAAUUGGGAACGUUUGGGUAAACCAUUCAAUCCGCUGUUGGGCGAAACAUACGAAUACCAGAAUGCUGAUUUUCGAAUAAUUUGCGAGCAAGUGUCACAUCAUCCACCAGUAUCGGCAUUUCAUGCUGACGCACCACACUUUAAGUUCAGCGGUGCCAUUCAUCCGAAAUUAAAAUUCUGGGGAAAAAGCGUGGAAAUUCAACCAAAAGGGGUUGUCACCGUUGAAUUGCCCAAAUGGAACGAGGCCUACACAUGGUCGAAUGUCAAUUGCUGUGUUCAUAAUAUAAUCGUUGGCAAAAUGUGGAUCGAACAAUACGGUACAAUGGAAAUUACGAAUAAAACAAAUGGCAUCAAAGCGGUGCUGUCAUUCAAACCAGCCAAUUGGGCGUCAAAAGAUCUGCAUCGUGUCGAAGGAACCAUUUAUGAUAAAAACGAGAAAGGUGUGCGCUUCAUCUACGGAAAAUGGACGGAGUUUAUUAAGAGCACCGAUUAUGAAUCGUACGAGGAAUACUUGAAGGAAAAUGCCCACAAAUUCCGGCGUAGCGAGCGCAGCAAAAGCCCAAAUGAAUCACCGGCACAUACACCGCGCAAAGUUUUAUCGAAAUUGAACAGCCUGAAAAUGAGCUCAUUCAGAAGCUUAUCGAUACAGGAGCCGGAGGAAACACCUGAGCCAUCUGAUGGCGAUCUCCCAAAAUGUGAUUCAACUUAUUCAAUCGAUAUACCGCACUCUGAAAUGAUUUGGGAGGCUGAACCACGUCCACCGAAUACAGCAGAAUUCUAUCAGUUUACAUUGUUUGCGAUGACACUGAAUGAAAUGCCCGAUAUUAAGCCACCAAAUCGGUUGUGCUCAACUGACUCUCGACUCCGGCCCGAUGUUCGUAAGCUUGAGUUGGGCGACAUUGAUGGUGCUGCCUUGGAAAAAACGCGCCUAGAAGAAAAACAACGAGACUCCCGAAAGGCGAUGAAAUCAAGAAAAGAAGAAUGGAAGCCAAAAUGGUUUGCAUUGAAGACUAAUCCGAAUACGAAUCUAACGGACUGGAUAUACAAUGGCGAAUAUUGGAAUCGCAAAUACGACGAAAUUGAUAUUUUCUAAGUGAAACCAGCGCUAAGCAACAUUUAUACAAAAAACGCAUUUAUUCCAGAAAGAGAGCACCAAUUCAUGCUUCUAGACAAAGAAAAAUAGCCAGAGCACAUACUUCUGUAUAACCAACAAAAAAAGUCAUAUAAAAAAUCAUCAUGGGAUGAAGAAAAUUGUUAAAUAACCAUCGAUGGUCCAUCCAAAAAAGGAAAAGAAAAAAAAAGCCGAAGUCAAGGCAAUUAUUGAACAUUUUAACUGCUCACAGUUUUAAAUGUAAAGAAUUCUUCUGAAUAAUAAGGGAAAUUGUUCGGAAUUGGCUCAGUUUCGACACAUUAUUAUAGGACAUUAGGAAGAUAAAAGAUAAGUUAUACAGACAUUGAAAUUGUGUCAAUCUUAUGGAUAGUGAUGGAAAUAGAGGCAAUGAUAAGAUAAGAAGAAAUUUGACAAAUCACUUUAAAUCUAUAACACUCUCUACAUGACCAUGAACACUUGAUAUAUAUUUGUCUUAAAAUCUAACAACAUUUUCAAGAGAAAAAACAGUUGAUUCGUGUGAUGGAAGUAAUAAAUUCCACCCACCGAUUCACUCAUCGCAGUGAACACAAUAUCUAAAUAUUUCUCACGAAUGUUUCAUAUAACUUUAGAAAAAUGAAAAGAAAGUUGUCACAUUUUCAACACAUCACGCGAUUUGUGCACAAUUUUAUCUUCCUUCCCGCAAAUCGACGUUUUUUUGCUCGGAGUUUAUCCCAUUAUCUUGGCUCUUCCAUUCAACGACAUCAAUCUGAAGACAAAAUAUUACCAAAAUAGAACUGUCGAUGAUGUGCCAAAACCAAAACUCAAAGAAAGCAACAUCCCCUUCCAGCCCAAAUGAUAUCAAUCAAAGCCGAUGAUUAGCUUUUGAUCAGCCGUUUUAAAAAUUGUCAGCAAUUAGAAUUGCUUUGUUUUGGAUAUUAAUUGACAUGUUAUACCAAUUUAAAAGAUAAAUUGUUUUAGAAUCUAAAUUGGUAAUCAAUAAAAAAACAAAUCUAAUGAAGAAAAAAAAAAUGUAUAACCAAAUGGUCCAAAUGGAAAUAUUCUACAGAUCGAAUGAAAGCAAAACCAAACACUUGGAAAUGAAAUCGAGAAAAGUGCUAGGGCAUAUGCAUAUUGAUUGCAUUUCCUUGGCAUUUAUCCACAUUUCAAUCCUUUUUCAUUCAUUUUUUUCAGUCACUUGCUACACAUCACUUUAUGCAGAAUAUUUGUUGUGGAACAACAGUAACAAAAAGAAUAGAAACACUUUUGCCUCUGAAAAAAGUGCUGCCAGUUAAUAGAGUCAAAGAAUAUAGCAAUAAAAUGCACAUGCAUAGCAAUUUCUAAUUUGAAUAAAAAUAAAAUGAUUUUUUUCCCUCAGCCCACGCACUCAUUGCACAAACCGAA